CAUCGCAGUUUAAUUAUCUUAGAGUGUAAGUAUUGCUUUACGGAGCUGUAGUUACUUGUCAUUUGGUCAUGUCUAAAAGGUAAUUUGAAGAAAAAUACUACAGAGAUUUUAAGUUUUCUUUCCAGUGCAAUAAUUUAGGAAUGUGAACUCAGGCCCUUAGUCUUAUAAACUUUCUAGAAAGAUCCUUAAAAUUUAGCAGAAGUAAUCACACCAUGAAGAAUGUUAUUUUCAUUCUUACAUAAAUGCUGCAUGAUUUUUUAAAAUCUGGUCGGAAAACUGGUCCUAUUGAGAAGAAACUGAGUUUAUGUUUUCCUAGACUGCAGAUUUGCCACGCCCUCUUGUUCCUAAAAUUGGUUGACUAGAGCCAAGUGUAUACGGACUAUAUAUAAACAUCUACACUUCAGACUAAAUAUAGGGUUGAAUAUUUUAGAGUCCACAGUAUCCUGCUUCAAGCCUAAAACUCUGUGGGUGGGUAUGUGGGUGUGUUUAAUAUAUUACAGAGCUGAGUUUUUAGUCUGCUAGUUUUGCCAGAUCAUUUUGAAUUUAAUCAUUUCUCACGCAAGUAUUUCAAAACACAGAGGUCUGCGUUAUUAUUGAGUGUUGGAUUCUCACUGUGCUUGGGAGAAUGUGGUGUAUGAAAAGAUGGCCAAAAUAAGACACUGACCGCAGUCACUCACUGUUCCUAUUCCUCAGAUGCUUUCCUUUUUUCAUAAAAAUACACGUUUCCACGAAAAUAACAUUGGAAAACUUAUUUUUAGUUUCGACAUUUCUUUAUCCCAGGUAAAGCAUUUCUUUCAGUACAAUUUCAAUAGGACCUCAUUCCUGUAAUGUUUUUAGAUUUUGCUUUAUGUAACAUACCUAGGACACAAACAUUUAUUAAAACACUGUCAAGGCUUUAAAAACAAAAUGCUUAGCUCUCCUCAAGGUGGGGGUAAGGAUAAGUACCUGCCAGUGUACAGAGGGAGGUCUCUUUAGCUCAUAACCAAAACAUACAGGGGGAGGAAUCGGAAUAUUUAACAAGUUCUAGAUCAAAUCUUCACAUUAUGGCCUCUGUGUUUAAAAUUAUGGGAUCUCCGCACAGUUUAAAUUGUAAGUACAAAUCCGAAAGUCAAUAGAAAUGAUUUUUUUGUGUUAGCUACACUACUGUUCAGUUUUCACGAUUACUCCCCAUAUGUCAUCUUUCAAAGUUAAAUGCCAGAAUUAGUCUAUUACAACAGGAUUUGUCAUUGCGUAGUUUUUCUAUACCACAAAUAAAAUGUGUACUGUAAUUCUUGUAAAGACUAUCAAAUGGUCCUUACUCUGUACUCCAAAUAAGGAUUUUAAUAUAGCAGUUUCUUAAAUAGGACCAUACAUAUUAACAAGAAGAUGAGGAAUAGCUUAUAUUUUGUGGGGUGAAGUGGAGGUUUACAUUAGGAGUACAUCUAACCAAAUUUAGUUCAUAUCUUUAAAUUUAUUUUAAGAUUUUUUUUUAUUAUGUAAUUUUUCUAUAUCACUGAUAAAAUCAGUAAUACAAUUACUAUAAUGGCCCAUCAGAUGGCCAUUUUGUAUCUUAAAAAAAGGUUGCAGUUUCUGAAAUGGUCUGCACUAUGCAGGUUGCCAAGAAAAUGGUGCGUAGUUUGAAUUAUUUAAAUAUUAAUUUUUUAGCAUUGGGAGAACAUCUAACCCAAUUUAGUUUAAAUCUUUAGAUAACUUUAUUUUCAUUUAAAAAUAUUCAUGCAUUUAACAUACAAAGUCACAAGUUAACAUGUUUUAUUUUAAACUUCUAAAAUUCAGGAUGAAGACACUGUUUGAAGAGAUCAAAGCAUCAAUUAAAAAUAACUAUAACCAAGAUCGGUCAUUUUGGAGGCCUGUUCUUCCUUGGGGAGGUGUUUUUACUAUCAAAGCUGGCCGCAAAGCAGUAUCCUGUACACCACUCUAUGUUGAAAUAAGACUGAAAAAUACCUGCACUAUAGAUGGAUUCUUGAUGUUAUUAUAUGUCAUCCUUAAUGAAAAUGAAAAUUUCCCCAGAGAACUCUCUCUUCAUUUAGGUAGAGAGUUUAUAGACUGUUUUCUUUACUUAAUGGACACCUACAGUUUUACAACUGUGAAGCUACUUUGGAUUUGGGACAAGAUGGAAAAACAGCAGUACAAAGCUGAAGUUCAUAAAGCUUCAUUAAUAAUUGAUUUGUUUGGAAAUGAGCAUGAUAAUUUUACAAGAAAUCUUGAAAAUCUCAUGUCUACCAUUCAAGAGAGUUACUGUUCCAACUGGCGAUGCCCAACUCGAGUGCAGGAAGAUCAGCAGCGCAUAAUUAUCAUAAAUCCUCCCCAAGAAAUUCCACAUGGAAACUUGAUACGACUAGCUGUGGAUGAGUUAUUCUGUUCCAAGAUUGAACUGUGUGAAGAGCAUGGGUGUGGUGGCUUAAGAGAAUUUUCCCAGCGAAUUUUCUGCCAUGGGGCUCCCCCUUUUGUUGUCUUAAAUAUGCAGCAUUGGAAAUGUGAAGAUCUGGCAUAUGUACCCUAUUACUUGGAUUUAUCUGAUCACAAGUAUUUGUUGGAAGGUGCCACAUUAUUUAACAAGGAGGAACAUCAUUAUUCUGCAGCUUUCCAGAUUGAUGGACAUUGGAUGCACUAUGAUGGCCUCAGAAAUGUGAAUUUAAUUUUGUUAAAUAAACCCCCAGAGUUUCUCCUCUUGUCAUCAUUGGUUUAUAUUCGAGCAACAGAGAAAUAAAUAUAGACUGAUGCUAAAUUAAGUUGUUUCCCUACUGCCCAUGCUCCCCAGGUUAAGGGCUUCUUUUGUGUAUACUUGGUAUCCAAGAAAAUAGUUCAACUAUACUAGUUUCAGAGGAGUAUUAUCCAGUGUUUAGCCCCAGGUAAAUGUUUUCUAUAGAAGAUCUAUGCAGAAUGUUUGUAUUUUUUAUAUUUCCUGGGUUAUUUUUAUAGAAGCAUAUUUUAUGUUGAAAUAAAAUAUAUCUUUUAGCCUUUGUAGUUUUUAUUUAUAUGUACUUCAGCAGUUUGGGGAUUUUUGGCAAAUUUUUAUAAUUCUGUCCUUGAAUCCAAGAAAAUACUUUGUCCUUUGAAUUCUAAAUUUUCUUUUUUGGAUAUCCAAAUAAAAGCUGGGUAGAAGUCAAUAUUUCAGUUUAUAUAAAUUUAAUAGUUCAAAAUAUAUCUGAUUGUAUUUCUUUACCCUACCUCGCUAUAAUCCAGAGUGCACUAUUGGAUCUGGUAUGGAUUUGAAUGUACAGCUUAUAGAUGGAUUAGUUUAUUUUACCCAUUGAAUUGCCUAAUUUGCCUACAGUGAUUUUUAAAAAUACAUAGGUAAGAGUGUUUAUUCUGGGCUUAAAUUAUUUAUUUAUAAUGGAAAAUUACUUUAACCACUUGCUCUAAAGUAUUUAAACCUACCAGUAGAUUUUAAGUGUUAUCUAAGCUUCCAGGCUUAAUUAAAGUUACUGUUACAAAUGAAUUCUGUAACUAUCCUGAACAUUUAUCUCAUAAUUGAAUCUAAUGGAAAUUGUCUUAAAAAUGUAUUUUGCUGAUAAGUCAACUAUAAAAAAUAUUAAGCAACUGGAUAUUUACUAAUGUUGGACUAAUAAUAGAAAUGUACUUUAUGUAUUUAAGAGGAAAAUGAAUGCCUGGGGAUAUUUCUUUUCCUGGUAAAUCUUAUAUUGGCAGAGAAAAAAAUACUUAAAUUUUUGGGGUGACAUCUGCUGUCUCCCUUGUAAGUACUAAAUUGAUAGCACGAAGCUUUGAUUUGCAAUAUAAAUCACUAGAAUUUUAUAGUUACCAGAAUAUUAUGUUUCUUUAUAAAGACCCUAAGAUCUCUCUUCCUUUCAAAGGAAAAAAUAAAGAUUCCCAAGGGAGAAUACUUUUUGAAAUUUAUCAGCCUCUAUUUUACUGUUUACAUUUUCAAAAAUAGUCUUCUUCAGGUUUUGCGUUAUUAAGCGCAAUAUAUUUGGAGACUUUUAUGUGACAACACAGUUCACUGCCGUAUACCAAAUUGCUGAGGUUUAAUUCAGUAGAUUAAAUCUUACAUUGGUUUGGUGCCACAUUAAGAUAACUUACCAAAUAAUGGGAAUGAUAAAUGUGGGUAUUUGUAUCACUUUGAGAAAAUACUAUGAAAAUUACUUUUUUACGUAAAAUAAAAAAUAUUGAUUUAUUUUACAAAGGAAUUUGCCACAGAGUUUAUUUAAAUAGUGUCUCAAGUAUAUUUGAACAGGAUUUGAUUCAUAGUAAACUUUUCCAUGGACAACUUAUUGGGUGAAUCAAAGUAUACAAAAACACAAAUAUUAAAAGUAUACAUGAAUGGUGUCAUUACCAAAGUUAUUCCUCAUGCAGAUUUAUUCUUUUAGCAAUUGCACUUUAUUUGAAAUAAUACUAGUUUAUUAGAAAACAAUGAUUUACCUACCUCACAGGGUUGUUGUGAGGAUUAAUGAUGUUUGUUAAAAUCUUGAUCACCUUAACACGUGCUAAUAAAAAAACAUUUUUUAUAUCUCUUUCAUGUACAGGCAAGUCUCCCAGAUUCUCUCUUACUGAUGAACUUACAGAUUUUUUAAAAUUAUUUAGGCAGUAGCUCAUGUUAAUAAUGGAUUCCAAAACUCAUAUAGAUGGAAGUAAUUCUUACAGUACCUUCUGCUUUUGCUUCCGGAUUGCAGAGAACAGAUUUUGAAAGUGCUUUCCAAAGGAUGAACAUAAUGAAAUACUUGUAGCAGAUGCUUACUAGCAAUGUAUUACAUUGGACUAAACACAUUUUAGAAGCAGUCAUAUAUAAUUAACCUCCUGGUUUCUCAACCCAUGGCCAUAAGGCAAGUCAUUAUUUGAAAUUUUGCAAGAAAAUAGGAUUGAAAGCAUUUUGUCUCAAUUUAUUUGUACUUCAGUCUCAUUUUGGUUAGGUUUACCUUCAGGUCCCCUGAAAGUGUUUAUAGUCCCCAGAAGUACUUAUCUCUGGUAAAUUAAUCUAAAAUUAGAAAUUUUAACAAAAGUAUUCCAAACCUAAUUUGCUUACCAAUUAGAGGAGAUAAUAAUUAGAGGAAUAUACUAGAAAUUUUUUUCUUUGUACCUUCAAACUAAUACCUGUUGGCAUUUAUAGUUUGCUCUUUGCAAUACGAUUUACUCAGGAUUUCUCAACCUUGGUACUGUUGAUAUUUUAGACUGGAUAAUUCUUUAUUACGAGCGGGGGUGAGGAGGAGUCCUAUGCAUUAUUUAUCAGCAUCCCAAGUCUUGACAACCAAAAUAUGUCUCCUGUGUCUCUGAUGAGGGCAAAAUUGCCCUAAUUGAGAACCACUGGAUUAGCUUGAGGAAUACUGUUAAUCAAUAGUAGUAAAUAAUACACCAAACUUCAUUUUAAUCAUAAAUUACUUCCCAUAUAGAUUUCCUAAAUUGCCUAUCUUACUACUAUAAUCUGAGAAGUUUGUGAAUAAAAGUUGAUACUUAAGUUAAACAUUAAGACCAUUUAUGAUAUGUAAAAUUAUAAGUAUUCCUUUUGAUAUCCCUAGUGCCAGGAAGGUAAUAGGUACUCAAACUUGUUGUAAUGUAAAUUUUACAACAAUAA